AUGGGUUUAGGUUUCAGUCGAGAGAAAAGAAAUCAACGUACUCAGUUUCCAUCACCAACAGUUAACAGUCAACUAUUAACUCUGAAAAGCCAACCACCUUCAGAAGUACAUCAAAUAUCGUCAACAGCAUAUAUAUUAGAUAGCUCAUCAGAAAGUAUAGAUAUAACCAGUUUAGAUCAAAUUGUUCAAGAUGUCGAUUUUUCAUCUAUUGUCAACGCAACCAUUGAUUUUAAAUCAAGUGGUACAACUCUAUCACAAGGUGACUUAUCGGACAGUAUUAAACUUAAACAGAAAGAAACACAAAAUAGUAGUUGGCAAGAUAAAUAUUUCGUUCAUGGAGAUUCAUCGGAUAUUGUUGCAGAUAUUGAAAGUAAGGUUCAUGGUUGUAUUAAUUCAUCUGUAUCAGAAGAUAUUGAUAUAUAUAUAAAUAAUCUUCACAAAAUAAAUGUAACAGCUGAUGAUAUUCUUCAUAAUCGUUUAUCAAAUAUAUCAUCUAUGGAAAAAAUAAUUAUUAAUAAAAUUAUUCAACAACGACAAGAUUUAAUUAAUAAAAUAAUAUUAAAAGGUCGUUCAAAAAUGGAUAAAUCUGAAAUAUAUUAUAGAAAAUUAAUUGAAGAAUUUAUUUCAAAAUUAGAAAUUGAAAUGUCAAAACAUUUAGAUGAUUUACAAAAACAAAUGGAAAAUGAAGAAGAAAUUGUUUUUAUUAGUUCACAAGAUAAUAUUAAAGAUUUAUCAAUAAAAGUUGAAAAUGCUAAAAAAGAAUUUAUUCGACAAUUAGAAUUUUCUACUAGAGAAAAACGUCAAGAAAUAUUAGAUAAAAUUUCAAAUAUUUCAAUGGAUAAAAAACGUCAACCACUUGGUUAUGAACAAUUAAGAAAAGUUAAUCUUGAUAUUUAUUCGACUGUUGGUCAAACAGAUUGUGAUAAUAUACCUGAUAAAGAUAAAUUUAUCAAAGAUAUUAAUAAUGGAAAAACACAUCAACCAAUUAAACGAACUCUUUAUAUUCAAAGUAAUUUUCAUUGA